AUGAGUAAGAUAUUCAUUCUCACUAAAAACAGAAAUUUUUGUCCAAAUUUCCAAUGCACAUAAAGCGUGUAUGUAUAUGAGUCAUAAUUUCAUUUCAACCACAUUUCAAUUUCAUUUCAAAAUCACUCACUCUCUCAAAAAAUGUUCACACCAUAACCAUGAUGCAUUGAUGCUCUCUGCUACACUGCAUUUGCAUGCUUCCACACUCAAUCAGUCAAUCCUUUUCUCCGUUUUGUGACAAAAAUGCCACCUUUACACCAACAACAACAACCUUGUUGUGAGGAAGAAAUUGUUAGAGAUGGAAAUUUUAAGUGGGGGAAUAAAAGAGGAAUUGGUGUGAAAAACAAGGAUACACAGUUUUAUGAUUCUUUUGUUUUACACGGUGUUGAGUAUUUUUUGUAUGACUGUGUUUAUUUUUACCACACUAAUCAUGUUGAGACUUCUAUUGGUAAGCUUGUUAAGAUGUAUCAAACAAGUACUCAAAAGAUGAUUAAAGUUGUUUGGUUUUUUCGGCCUUCGGAAAUUCGUAAUUUCUUUGGAAGUUAUAAGCCUGGUUGGAAUGAGUUGUUUUUAGCAUCUGGGAAGGAUACAGGCGUUACCAAUCGCAAUUCAGUGGAUUCAAUUAUUGGAAAAUGCAAUGUUGUUUGCACUUCAGAGGAUAAGAGAAAUCCCAAACCAUCUGAAACAGAGUUAAAGAGAGCUGAUUUUGUUUUCAAAUGUACUUUCGAUGUUGAUAGGCUUGUUAUCAAUGAUAAAUUUCCUGAUAAGAUUGAUGGAAUUGAAGUGGAGAAGUUCUUUAAUAAGAAGGUGGAUAAAAAGACUAGUAAUAAUCUGCAUCUUGAGACAAAUAACCCGUCUAAAUCGAUAAAGAUAAAAAUAAAGAAGAGAACUUCCGAGAAUGUUGAAGAUAAAGAUGAAGUUAGAGACGAGGUUAAGGCUGAGACUGCUCCUUCGGAUGUCUUGCGUUGUAAAGUUAAAGAUGAAGUUAGAAUUUCUGAGAAUGUCUUGCCAAAGAUAAAUAUAAGAACUUCGGAGAAUUUUAAAGACGAGGUUAAGACUAAAGAUGAAGUGAGAAUUUCUGAGAAUGUCUCGCCAAAGAGAUCAUUAGAUUCUCACUCAUUUAAAAAGAGGAAGAUCAUAGAAGAGAACUCAAUCAUUGGUCAAAGUAGCGACAUCCAAAAGAAAGAGGACUUUGAUGAGAAGGAGGAACUUAGACAGGAUAAAAGUGUCAAACUAAACAGGAAAGUUAUCGAGGUGACCGAAAGGCCAAAUUCAGAGAAAAGGAAGUGGUUUAAGAAAAUGCCUUGGAAAGAGAGACUACAGAAAGCACAAGAGUCGGAUACCCUGGUUUUACUGAGUAAUCUGGAUCCAUCCUACACGUCUUAUGAAGUUGAGGAUCUUGUUUGGCAUGUACUGAAAGAGAAGGCUGAGGCAAGGAUGAUAGAAUCGAGCCCGACUUCCAAUACAUACUAUGGUAGAGCAUUGGUUAUUUUCAGAACAAAAGAAGCAGCUGAAAAUGCAAUAUCUGAGUUGAACAGAAGAUGCCUUAUUCUUGAAGGCGGGAGGGUUGUCAUUGCCAAGAAAGGAACUGUAACAGAUCCGGCCAAGAAAAACACACUCACUGGUCAUCUUUCCAUUAAUAGAGGCCCACGUCACAAGCAAAGCCGAGAGAUGAGAAAUGCUGUAUCAACAUCACAUUGUUCACAGCCCAAUACAAUUGAAUACGCGAUGGCUAUGGAAUGGACAAAGCAAUAUUAUAAGUCUGAAGCAUGUUGGAAAGCCUUAUGUGAGAAACAAAUGAAGGAGAUUGAUGAUGUGAAGAGUAAGCUUAGAUCAGUCAAUAUUUUUUGAAGCCUCAUAGUUAAAUCAUUCUUGAUGUAAGAAAUAUCAAUUUACAAAUCAAAGAGACUGUUUUUGGAGUUCCAUAUAUGAUUAUGCAGAUGUACCUAGAUUGUUAUAUUUGUGCAAUGUUGUGGCCAAUUAGAUCAAUUUGGCUAGCUAUUGAUAUUGAUUCUAUGUGUCUGCCAGAUUGAUGGUGCGUAAUUCUUACCACUAAGCUAUUUGACAAAAAAAAUAAUAUUUUUAUAUUUUU